AUGUUCACUACCGGGACUUACAUCGGUAGCAGAGCAGCAGAUGCCUGUUUCCUCACACUGGAUCCAAACACAGCACACACUCAACUCAUCCUGUCUAAUGGAAACAAAACAGCAUGUGUGACAGAUCUUCAGCUGUAUCCUGAUCAUCCAGACAGGUUUGAGUUCUGUGAGCAGGUUCUGUGUAAAGAGACUCUGACUGGACGCUGUUACUGGGAGGCUGAAUGGAGCGGUUUGGUUCAUGUAGCAGUGGCUUAUAAGAGCAUUGAGAGAAAAGGUGGGAGUGACUGCAGGUUUGGACUCAAUGAUAAAUCCUGGAAUAUUUACUGUGGUGAUUCAAAUUACUCUGUCUGGCACAAUAGUAAGAGCACAAACAUUCCUUGCUCUUUACCCUCUAAUAGAGUAGGAGUGUAUGUGGACGUGUCGUCCGGCUCUCUGUCCUUCUACAGUGUCUCUGACACACACACACUCAUACACACAUUCAACACCACAUUCACUGAAGAUCUCUAUGCUGGAUUUUUGGUUUAUCCUGACUCCUCUGUGUCAGAGUUAACGUCCUCCUGUGAGGAACCACACACACACAUCAAUGUAAAGACAAAACAUAAGUAUUUGUGGCUGAAUAUAAUGAACUGUAACUAG